AGCAUUUUUAUGCAUAGAAAUGACCUUUAAGACUUAUGCCCUGUAUCACGCUACAUGUACUUUUUUUUCUAAAUGCUGUUGUACUUAUAAAUCCUUGCUAUUUCAUUUGAUCGUCGUAAAAUGUUGAGACGAGCAGUUUAUAAUAUCUGAGUAUUCUUUUUUUUUGCAUCCCUAUCGCUUGAAAAUUGCUUACCAAGUCUACACUCCAACCGGGACUCAUAAGAUGGCGAGGACGAGACGUAUGUGUGCAUACAGUCGUUCCAGCACCAAAAGGCGGGUUUUUUUUAAAAAAAAAAGGACGAGUAGUAAAUUUUUCCAAAGGACGGUUUUUGACUUCCUCAAAGGGCGGUUUACAUUUUCUCAAAAGUCGGUUUCUUUUCUAUUCAAAGCUCUCUUCGUUUUUAUUACGAAGACGGCCAAGGUAGAAUAGUUGAUGAGCAAUGAAAUGAUGCUAUGGAUUGGGAUGAGGAGGUCAUCCCAUUCCACUUAAAAACUUUGACCCGUAUUAGACAGUACUAUGAGAAGCAAGGAAAUGAACAGUUAUCAUCUCCUGAGCUUAAUCCAAUAGAGCAGUUUUGGGCAAUUGUCAAAAAUAAGGUCAAACGUAGCUCAUUCGAAGUUACUGAAGAUUUGGCUACUCGGAUUACUGAAGCUUAUAACUCUGUUCCUCUUAAGCACCUACAAGCAUUUGUUCAAAACUCUGUCAAUUGGAAAAGUGCUUACGUGAUGAGCCGCUAUGAAUAUUAUUCAUUUUAAGUAGCAGGCAAUUUUUUUUAUGGAAAUAAAC